AAUAAACAGCAACACUAGCUGUCAGAUUUUUUAUGCAUAACAAAAUUUUCAUGCGAAAAAUAAGUUCAAAACUUUUCUAUAGGACGAGUUCAAUACAAAAUGAGCAUUUUUAAUCAUUUUUACUUAACCUUAUUAUUUUUAUUUAUUUUUAACAUUUAUUCACUAGUGUUUUCUUUAAGUUUUCCUUAUGUUUAUCCGCGGGUAAAGUUAGAAGCAAAAACAGAAGGACAAGGAGAUCAUGGCGAUCCGCUUAUUUUAACCCCGUAUAUCGAUAAAGGCGAUAUCGAAUUGGCUCAAAAUAUAUCCCGGGUGCCAUUCACUGAAAAAAUUGGCAUUUUAAGCCAUUCGGGAUUUAUUACAGUGGACAAGAAAUAUAAUUCUAAUUUAUAUUUCUGGUACUUCCCGGCAUUCAAUAAGAAUAAAAACGCGCCAGUUGUUUUGUGGUUGCAAGGCGGUCCCGGUGGAAGUUCUUUAUUUGGAUUAUUUACCGAAAAUGGUCCAAUAGUUGCUAAAAAAGAAGGAUUCUCUGCACGCAAGUAUCAUUGGGCUCUAAAAAACCAUCUCAUUUUUAUUGAUAAUCCUGUAGGCACUGGGUUUAGCUUUACCGAUAAACAUGGUUAUUGUUCUGAUGAGCAGUGUAUCGCAAAAGGCCUUUAUACUUGUAUGCAGCAGUUUUUCAAGUUGUUUCCAAGUUUGCGCCAUAAUGAAUUUUAUAUCACUGGUGAAUCUUAUGCAGGAAAAUAUAUCCCAUCUUUGGCCAUGGAAAUACAUAACCGAAAUUUACAAAAUGAACCGAAAAUAAAUCUUAAAGGUUUAGCUCUUGGUAAUGCAUAUUGUGAUCCCAUAAAUCAAAUGGAUUAUGGCAACUAUCUUUAUCAGCAUGGUUUAAUAGACAAUGGGCAGAGAAAUUUUUUCAAUAAAAUGCAGGCUGAAAUUGUAAAGAACAUACAAAAAGAAAACUGGGUAGAUGCCGGAAUUCUCUUAGACACGUUAAUGGAUGGAGAUCUUUCAAAUUUUUCUUAUUUCAAAAAUUAUACUGGCUUUAACAAUUACUACAACUUCCUUAUUCCAACAAAUUUAUCAGAUAUGGCAAUAUAUAUUAAUCUGUUGAAUAAUGAUGAAAUAAGACGAAAUGCUCAUGUCGGUGGUCUGCCAUUCCACUCUGGAGAAAAGGUGCAAAUCCAUUUAGCUAGUGACAUAUUAAAAUCUGUUGCACCCUUAGUUUCAGAACUACUUUCCCAUUACCGAGUAUUAUUUUACAAUGGCCAGCUAGAUAUAAUUGUAGCAUAUCCAUUAACUGAAAAUUUCUUACGUAAAUUAACUUUUUCAUCUUCGGAUGAAUAUAGAAGAGCAUCUAGAACAAUUUGGAAAGUUGGUGAUGAAAUAGCAGGAUAUAUGAAACAAGCUGGUAACCUUACAGAAGUAUUGGUGAGAAAUGCUGGUCAUAUGGUACCUCAUGAUCAACCUAAAUGGGCCUUAGACCUCAUAACACGUUUUAUAAGAAAUAAAUUUUAAAUAUAAAUUAUAAUUAAAUAUACUGUAUCUAGCUUUAUAUAGCAAUUUAAAUGUGCAUACCUUUCUUUUUUAUUAUUUUUAUGGGAUAAUUUAGUAACAUUUCUUAAGUCAUAAUAAUGUUUAGC